AUGACCGACGACAGCAAAGGCGGCCGCAUCGCCAUCAAGUUUAGCGCACCGUCGUCCUCAGCCUCCAAGGCCAAGACGCCCGCCUCGUCCCUCGGCAAGCGGCCGCGCAGCACCACAUCCACCCGCGCCUUUGGCGGCGGCGGCGGCGACGACUCCGACUCCGACUCCGCCCGCGGCCAGCACGAGGUCAUCACCGGCUUCGGCGCCAAUGGUGCCGAAACGAAGCGCGAGGAGCAAGCAGCGGCGCCCAAGAGGGAGUACGUGAUUGCGCGGCAGCCCAACCGUGACUGGCGCGACGAGAUCAAGGAGCAGCGCGACGCGCGGCGUGGCAAGAACCUCUUGCCCGCCGAGGCGCGCGCGGCGCAAAACAGAGAAAGCGGCGGCAGCAUCACCACGGUGGAUACGGCGCCAGCGGACCAGGACUCGGGUAUCCAAUGGGGCCUCACGGUCAAGGAGAAGCAACCCCCCCUUGCCGCCGUCGACACGGCGGCGGCGCCCACGACGGCAGCAGACACCGACGACGACAAGGCCAACGCACAGCAGCCCGCUGAGCCGGUGCCUGCGCCUCGCUCCGCCGACGACGAAGCCAUGGAUGCGCUCCUCGGCAAGCGACCCGCGCAAGAGGACAAGGUCAUUGCGACCGAAGACGACGCCUACGCGCGCGACGUCUCCCGCGCGGGCGCCACGUCCACGCUCGCCGACUACGAAGCCAUGCCCGUCGAGGAGUUUGGCGCCGCGCUGCUCCGCGGCAUGGGCUGGGACGGGAAGCCCCGCACCGCCGCCGCCCCCGGUGUCAAGAAGCCCCAGGAGGCCCCGCGGCGCCGGCAAAACAGGCUCGGACUCGGCGCCAAGGCGCUCAACGAGGCCGAGGACCUCGGCGGCUGGAACCAGAAGAGCGGCGCCGGGCCGCCGGGCGGCAAGAAGCGGCCGCCAAAGCUGGCGGAUUACAGGAGGGAGGAGGAGAGGAAAAAAGAGGAGCGUAGGGGGGGAGCCGCUGGCGCGCGCGAGGACAGCUACAAGCGGGAGAGGGAGAGGGAGAGGGAGGACCGGCACAGGGACCGCGAGAGGGACAAUGGGCAUAGACAUGGGCAUAGAGACCGCGAUAACGAGCGGGAUAGGGAUCGUCGUCGUGGGGAUGAUCGAGAUCGCAGGCGGUAA